AUGACACUGAAGGAGCAAGAUAAAUUGAAGCUGCCAGCCAAGCGAAAGCACCAUCAGGUCGCACAAGAUGAGCCGGUAGCAGCAAUCUUAUCCUCAUCGUCCUUAUCAUCAAAUCCGGUCAAAAAGCCCAGGUUAAAUGCUACGCUUUCAGAUUUAUCUCAUCAAUCUGUUGCCACUGCGAAUCAAGCAACUCCAUCUGCGGUGCCGUCAAAACCAGAUUCCGCGCCAUUAGGCCCACUAUCUCUCGACAAAAACUACGAGCUUCAUAAUUUCAGUGUUCUCAGCUCCUCUAAGAUUUGUACUCGCGUCACUCAGAUACUUGCCAUACUGUCGUCACCCUUGGCUGCUCAAGGUUCCAAAAAUAAGGUAGUACUACUUCACGCAAAGCCAAACGCCGCUGGAAAACUUAUCAGCAUCGUCGAAAUACUCAAAAGAGAAAUUUCAGGGAGCACGAGUGACCAGUGGUUUCAAUACAAUGAGUUGGAUAAAGCAUUAACAGAGGACACAACUAGUCGGCCUAAAAAAAGCAUUCCAGAUGUAGAAAAAGAUACAACAAAUAAUUCAGAAAACAAAGAAGGCAUACAUUUCGAAGUAAUGAAAACGCCAUAUGAAAGAUCCAUCGAAAGUAUCCCGAAAAUUCGAACGGAUCUUACUCUCAGAAUAUACCUCUCAAGGGUUCGUAUUGAGAGCCUCAAGAAGAUAUGCGGGUGA